CGCCUUCCUGUUAGUCCGAGCUGGGAGAAGUUCACUCCGAUCAGCUGAUCCUAACUGACAACAGGAGAGGAGGAAGCCCGGGAGGCAACGACGGAGGAGGGGGGCGGAGAUGGAGAAGAGGAUGGAUCUGCAGGUGCCCUAAGGAACAACCCCCGCCCCCACCCGCGCCCUGCGGCCCCCCAACGCCGCCUCGCAGCGGCCGAUCUGCUCCGUGGUGUCCUCUGGAAUACUGACUUGAGCUUGAAUUAUACUGAAAAGCUCCUGACCACUUUCACUACCGAAACUUUGUGGCCGAGGGCCAACUGAUGAGCCCACCUCUGGGAUCCCAACAGACCUCUCUCUCAAAUAGCCAUAAAUGACCCUUUCAAGUUAAUUUGACCACAUAUUUGCUUGCACUUUACGGAGGAUGAAACCAUCAAACCAAAUCAACGUUGCUGCUGAUACAAGAGGCUUGGAGGCAGAAAAUUAAAAAUUGGAACAUUUGUGAGUGUGUGAAGAUUAUAAUAGGACACUGAAGGUUUUCUUUUUUAAGGUGUUGAGAACCCCGUGGAAGUUCUGUGCAGUCUUCAGACUCAAAGCCUUUGUCUUCAUUCCUGGGGCAAGCUCAGUGACUGUUAUAUGGUGGGUGUGUUCCCUUACCAAUCUGAGUAUGAGUGCCCAGACUUCGCCAGCAGAAAAGGGCCUGAAUCCGGGGCUGAUGUGCCAGGAAAGUUACGCCUGCAGUGGGACUGACGAAGCUGUCUUUGAGUGUGAUGAGUGCUGCAGUCUGCAGUGUCUCCGUUGUGAGGAGGAACUCCAUCGGCAGGAACGCCUUCGAAACCAUGAGCGGAUAAGACUCAAACCCGGCCACGUCCCUUACUGUGACCUCUGCAAGGGUCCCAAUGGGCAUUUGCCAGGUGUUAGGCAGAGGGCAGUCGUGAGGUGCCAGACCUGCAAAAUCAACUUGUGCCUGGAGUGCCAGAAGAGGACUCAUUCUGGGGGUAACAAAAGGAGACAUCCCGUUACUGUGUACCAUGUCAGUAAUGUCCAGGAGUCACUGGAAGCAGAAGAGAUGGAUGAAGAGACCAAGAGGAAGAAGAUGACUGAGAAGGUUGUGAGUUUCCUCCUAGUAGAUGAAAAUGAAGAAAUUCAGGUAACAAACGAAGAGGACUUUAUUAGAAAGUUGGACUGCAAACCUGAUCAGCAUCUGAAGGUGGUUUCCAUUUUUGGAAAUACUGGUGAUGGAAAGUCUCAUACUCUCAACCAUACUUUCUUUUACGGCCGUGAAGUCUUCAAAACCUCCCCUGCCCAGGAGUCCUGCACUGUGGGAGUGUGGGCAGCCUACGACCCAGUCCACAAAGUAGCAGUGAUAGACACGGAAGGGCUCUUGGGGGCUACCGUGAAUCUAAGCCAGAGAACACGGCUGCUACUUAAGGUCCUGGCCAUCUCAGACCUGGUCAUCUAUCGAACUCAUGCAGACCGGCUGCAUAAUGACCUCUUCAAAUUCCUUGGGGACGCCUCAGAGGCUUAUCUGAAGCACUUUACCAAGGAGCUCAAGGCUACCACUGCCCGCUGUGGCCUGGAUGUCCCUUUAUCCACUCUGGGUCCUGCAGUUAUCAUUUUCCAUGAGACUGUGCACACUCAACUCUUGGGCACUGGUGAGUAG